AUGGCUCCGACAAAUGGAGCGCCCCCACCACCAAAGAAGCGCCGUAUUGGUGUCAUGACCAGCGGCGGUGAUGCGCCUGGCAUGAACGGUGCUGUCCGCGCUGUAGUGCGCACGUCCAUUCACAUGGGCUGUGAGGCAUAUGCAAUCUACGAAGGAUAUGAAGGUCUCGUUCAGGGCGGUGACCUGAUCAAACAGAUGUUGUGGGACGAUGUUCGAGGCUAUCUUUCAAGAGGCGGCACCCUCAUUGGAACAGCUAGAUGUAUGGCGUUCAUGGAACGCGCGGGUCGGCUCAAAGCUGCAAAGAACAUGAUUCUCAAUGGUAUAGACGCUCUGGUCAUCUGCGGAGGUGAUGGCAGCUUGACAGGCGCCGAUCUGUUCAGAGACGAGUGGCCAGGUCUUCUGGAAGAGCUUGUCAGCAAUGGCGAGCUCAAAGCCGACGACAUCCAGCCAUACCAGCACCUCAACAUUGUCGGCCUUGUAGGAUCGAUUGACAAUGACAUGUCCGGCACGGAUGCCACCAUUGGUUGCUAUUCUUCCCUCGAACGAAUCUGUCAUGCUGUGGAUGACGUGUUCGACACCGCUGCCUCGCAUCAGAGAGGAUUCGUGAUUGAGGUCAUGGGCCGCCAUUGUGGUUGGCUUGCUUUGAUGGCCUCCAUUGCCACCGGUGCUGAUUUCGUCUUCAUUCCCGAGAAGCCUCCUCGAGCAGGAUGGGAAGAUCAGAUGUGUGGCAUUGUGAGAACGCAUCGUCAGCGAGGCAAAAGGAGGACCAUCAUCAUCAUUGCCGAGGGUGCCCACGACGUGAAUCUGACCAAAAUCACACCGAACCAGGUUAAGGAUCUUCUAACCCAGCGACUCCGGCUUGACACGCGAGUGACAAUUUUGGGUCACACCCAGCGGGGCGGUCAGGCUUGUUUUUAUGAUCGCUGGCUUAGCACCCUGCAAGGUGUGGAGGCUGUCAAUGCCGUCCUCGAGGCUACACCAGAGACCGCUACCCCUGUUAUUACGAUUCGAGAGAAUAAAAUUGAGCGAAGUGAUCUCAUGGAGGCGGUGCGGUUGACCAAGUCGGUGUCCAAAGCAAUUGAACGGAAAGACUUUGACAAGGCCAUGGAGCUACGGGAUGCAGAGUUCAAGGAAUACUACAACAGCUACAUGAUCACCACUUCCACCGAUCACCCGCGUCUUCGGUUGCCGCCUGAAAAGCAACUCAGAAUUGCCAUCAUCCAUGUCGGUGCUCCCGCUGGCGGUAUGAACCCUGCCACACGUGCAGCUGUUGCCUACUGUCUCACCAGAGGUCAUACACCCAUUUCCAUCCACAAUGGCUUUCCCGGUCUCCAACGGCAUCAUGAUGACAAACCACUAGGGGCUGUCCGCGAGGUCAAAUGGAUAGAUGUCGAUCCGUGGGUUAAUGAGGGCGGAUCGGAAAUUGGCACCAAUCGUGGUUUGCCAAGUGGUGACCUCAAGAAGACUGCCGAAUGCUUUGAGUUAUACAAGUUCGAUGCUCUUUUCGUCAUAGGAGGCUUCGAGGCUUUCACCGCUGUCAGUGAGAUGCGACGUGGACGGGCGGAAUAUCCUUCUUUCCGCAUUCCAAUGGUCGUGCUUCCCGCUACUGUGAGUAACAACGUACCUGGGACGGAGUACUCACUCGGCUCGGACACUUGUCUGAAUACGUUGAUCACCUUUUGCGAUGCCAUUCGUCAGUCAGCAUCCAGCAGUCGCCGGCGAGUGUUCGUCAUAGAGACACAAGGGGGCCGCAGCGGGUACGUGGCGACAAUGGCCGGACUGAGUAUUGGCGCCUUGGCUGUGUAUAUUCCCGAAGAGAGAGUCGACAUUCACACCAUUGCAAGAGACAUUGGCUUUUUGAGACACAACUUUGCCAAUGACAAAGGUGCAAGUCGCGCGGGCAAGAUCAUACUCCGGAACGAGAAAGCCAGUGCAACCUACACCACACAAGUGAUUGCAGAUAUGAUAGCCGAGGAGGCACAGGGCAGGUUCGAGGCUAAGGCGGCUGUUCCAGGCCAUUACCAACAAGGAGGCAAGCCAUCGCCUAUGGAUCGAAUUCGGGCAUUGAGGAUGAGCAUCAAGUGUAUGCAGUACAUUGAAGGCUUUACAGGCAAGUCCCCAGAAGAGCUCAUGCAAGAUGACAUGAGCGCCGCAGUCAUUGGUAUUCAGGGUUCUGAAGUCGUCUUCUCAGCUAUGGGUGGUGAGCGGGGCCUGGAAUUGGUGGCCACGGAUUGGAAGGAUCGACGACCUAAGGAUGAAUUCUGGUUAGGGAUGAAGGACACGGUUGACAUUCUGAGCGGGAGACCCAAGGCUGGCACGCCUUGUAGAGAGUGUGGAAGACCGCUUUGA